AUGGCUUACAACAGCGGUUAUAAUCCUGAUGCGCUGCCAGCACACGCCGAGCCAGAACAGGUCGCGCAGAUGCUCGGAUCGAUGCAGAUGUCGGGCAACCACAAUCCAUCCCACAAACCUCUUCCUGGACGUCCAACAUCAAGCUCCCAUAUUUCUCCUCACCCCCAUCCCCAGCGCAUCUCUGUAUCGGGGUCUCCGCAUAACUCACACCCUUCGAAUGCCCCGCACCAUGCUCCGCAAUCCCAGAACCAUAACGCUCGCCCCUUAUCAAGUCACAAUCAUAACCGUCCGCAUCCAUUGCACCCCUCUCCGCCUCCUCAGAACUAUGGCUUUGGUCCCCCGCCAUCUCAACCUUCCCGCAAUCGGCCCCCGGCGCCUCACCCGCAGUCCCCCGUCCCGCCGCCAUUGUCUGCUCCCAGUGAUGACCCGCAGCAACUGUUUCCUCUCUUCCGCGCAGCCAACCUGUCUCAUUCUGGCUCGCUGACUGAAAUGGAACUGGGAUCCGCCCUUGUGAAUGGAGACUACACCUCCUUCCACCCGCGUACGGUGAAAGUGAUGGUCCGCAUGUUCGACCGGAAUGGCAACGGCACUAUCAACUUCGACGAAUUCGUGUCCUUGUGGCGUUAUCUGGCAGCAUGGCGCGAACUGUUUGAUCGGUUCGAUGAAGACCGCAGUGGUCGCAUUAGUCUGCAUGAAUUCGAAAAUGCGCUGGUUGCCUUUGGGUACCGCCUCAGUCCGAAAUUCAUCUCGAUCAUUUUCAAGACAUUCGAGAGCAAGACUCGUCAACGGAAUUUGCCGCAGAAAAGCACUCCACAGAAUGGCAUGAGCUUCGAUCUCUUUGUCCAGGCGUGUAUCAGCCUGAAGCGCAUGACGGAUGUGUUCAAGCGUUACGACGAUGAUCGCGACGGCUACAUUACCGUUAGCUUUGAAGAGUUCCUGACUGAAUUUAUUCUGCUCCAGGAUUGA